AGUCUCCAUAGACGUGCACUACUGGCAGUGCUUAGUUGCUGUUUGUAUCUUUUGCCUUCUCUGUUGACUGCUAGUCCCAUGAGGGCACGGGCCAUUUCCGGGACGUUUGUCACUGGACAUGGUCCUUGACCAGCACAUGGCACUUAGCAGACACAGACUGCAUUUUAUGCAUCACACUUACGCUGACUUUAUCUCAUUUUUCUGCUUUUAUUUUCGUUUUGUUGUGACAGUCUUACUUCCUGUUGUAGUGAGAGAAAAGCUCAUAAUGCCCAGGAUCUACUCAGGGUCGGGAGGUGGAGUGACUCUGUCCUUCCCACCCCUUCCCAGCCUGUGCCGAGUGUCAUGGGGCAGAAGGCACAUGUUCUAUUAGCAGUAUCUUCCUGGGGAAUGUGGGAUUCGCUCUGGAAUGCCAGAUGGGCCCAGGACUGUUACAGGGAGUGUCCUCUGGACCCAGGACCGAAAUCGCUCUGCAUAAUAGUGUAAAAAUCUUAUUUCACUCAGUGGGGGUGCAGUGCUUCCUCAGAGAGAUUACUACGAUGCUACACAGUUUUUCUUCUUCCUUGGCUGUAAGAAAAACUGGGGCUCUGGCUUUCUGGGAGGAAGGGCAAGGUUCAGAGCUCCUCUGUUUGUGGGAGGUGGCGAGGCCCCUGAGAUGAGCAGGGUGUGUGUGUGCAGGACGCCUCCGGAGGAGGAUGGCCCGCAGGGGACACCCUGGGGGAAAGGUCCUCGGCUCUCCUUCUCCGGGCAGCACCCAGAGCAUCCUCCGUUCUGUGGCUCGGCUGUCAGGGUCCUGGGCCCAGUGCCUUCCGCCCUGCAUGUAUGCUCUUCAGCCCGGGGCCAGCGGAUAGCCGUGGGAUUUGGGCUCUUGCCUGUGCCAGGGAAGCCUGUGUUGGCAUCAAGUUUGUUGAUUCUCCCCAGGACCUCUCUCCCUAUAGGUGCCACAUGCCAUGAUUUAUACACAAACAUGAUUUGCCUGAUUGUUGCAGUCUGGGCCUGGAACAAUUUUAAUUAAUGGGAAAAUGGUCCUCCAUACAGUGAUUAGACCUCUUCAGGUACAACAAGAUAAAAGCCUGAUAAUUUGGAUGGAGUACUCUUCUUAAGCGUCUACUCUAUGCUCAGCAGCCAAUGGGAAAGCCAGGCUCUCUCCCACCUGAUCCACCCCCAGGCACUGCCCAGCUGGGUCCAAAAAGCAGACAAGUGACAGCCAGAAGGAGGUGGAAGCAGGCAAGGUAGGUGACGUUUCCCAGCCAAGUUUGCCGGGGGCCCAUGGCCAUGAGUGAGACGGGCGCCCGGAAGACCAGCGACGGCACCGCUUCUCGGCUGCUCAACGUGGUGGACAGCGAGCUUCAGGCCGGGAGGGAGAAAGGCGACCCCACAGAGAAGCAGCUUCAGAUCACCCUGGAGGACGCUCCGCUCUGGCAGAGAUUCAAGGAAGUCACCAAUGAGAUGAUCGUGACCAAGAACGGCAGGCGGAUGUUCCCUGUUCUGAAGGUCAGCGUCACAGGGCUGGACCCCAACGCCAUGUACUCCCUCCUGCUGGACUUUGUCCUCACGGACGGCCACCGCUGGAAGUACGUCAACGGGGAGUGGGUGCCGGCCGGCAAGCCCGAGGUCUCCAGCCCCAGCUGCGUCUAUAUCCACCCCGACUCCCCCAACUUCGGGGCCCACUGGAUGAAGGCGCCCAUCUCCUUCAGCAAAGUGAAGCUCACCAACAAGCUCAACGGAGGUGGCCAGAUCAUGUUGAAUUCGCUGCAUAAGUAUGAGCCCCAGGUCCACAUCGUGCGCGUGGGGGGUGCCCAUCGAAUGGUGAUGAACCGCGCCUUCCCGGAGACCCAGUUCAUAGCUGUGACAGCCUAUCAGAAUGAGGAGAUAACAGCUCUGAAAAUCAAGUACAACCCCUUUGCCAAAGCCUUCUUGGAUGCCAAGGAAAGAAACCACCUGAAGGACAUGCCAGAAGCCCUCUCGGAGAGCCAGCAUGUGGCCUACCCUCACUUGGGAGGCUGGAUCUUUCCCAAUCCGGACGGAGUGUGCGGCGGGGGCAGCGCCAGUCACCAGUAUGCCGCUCCUCUGCCUCUGUCCUCUCCCCACGCCCACCCCGGCUGUGAGCGCCAUCCUGGCCUCCGAGGACGCCGGCAGGCUCCCUACCCUCCCGCGUACGUGCAUAGAAACCAUUCUCCCUCAGUGAAUCUGAUAGAAAGCUCCAGCACGAAUCUGCAAGUUUUCUCUGGAGCUGACAGCUGGGCCUCCUUGUCCUCCGCGCCCCACGCCAGCAUCCUGCCUGUGUCCCCCGCCAGCGGACCCAUCAACCCUGGGCCGAGCCCCUACCCGUGCCUGUGGACCAUAGGCGGCAGUGGCGGGGGCCCCGCCGGGCCUGGCACAGAGGUGCACGCCAGCUCCCCAGGAGCCUUUCUCCUGGGCAACCCUGCGGCGGCUUCACCCCUGUCUGCUCAGGGCCCCCCUUCGGCUGGUGUGGAGGUGCUGGGGGAACCCUCGCUGACCAGCAUCGCCGUGUCCACCUGGACAGCAGUGGCCUCGCAUCCCUUCUCGGGCUGGGGGGGCCCUGGUGGGGGAGGGCGCCAUUCCCCCACCUCCUUGGAGGGUUAGGCUGGAUCCCAGGGCCGGGCGCCAAGAGAUGUAGCAGCCCCACCUGCGGAUUCCAGGGGGUCCCACUGCAGGGUCUCCCUGCCCCGGGGCCGGAAGGCUCAGUUUGCAUGAUGGUCUUAGGUGCCCUGCAUCUCUGCCCCACUGUCUCCUGCACUGCCAUCUUCAGCUCACCCCACACGCAGGCGGCCCACCUUCGGUGAGCACCCGCCUGGUGCCCUGCCCCUUCCUCAGAUGAUUCUCCGAGGUGCCCUCCCUGCCCUGGGGCAGGCACACAGCUGUCAAGCGGGCCCAGAGUUUACUUGGCAUAAGGCCUUCGUGCAGCCCAGGGGAGUGUGGCCCUAGGGCUUCUGCUCUGAGACCAAGAGAAGCUGUAAGUUAACUAAAAUGGAGCUAAUCACGUAUUACUGGCUGUGGUGUGCCUGGUACUGAGGACAUGAGAUCGUGACCCUCACUCAGACGCUGCUGAUGGCUCACCAGCACCGGCAGAAUGAAGUCACGUGUCCUUACUGUACGGAGACCCUCUGGCAUCUCCUGCAAACGUUUCUCCGGCCAGCGCUCCCUCUGUCCCUUAGCGCCCAGUACUCCCAUCAAGGCAGACCCCCGGCCGCCGUCCCCUGGACACCAGCGCACUCCCCCUCCCCCUUACCUCCUCUGGGCCUGGGUGGCCUCCUCCUCCACCCCCACCGUGUGAGCCCUGCCUGCCCCCCAGGGACUGGCUGGAGCACUAGGGUGUUUACCCAGGCAUUCCCUCUGCUUUGGCCUCUGUUAUUGCGCCCCCGCCGCUCAGCCCCCUUGCAUUUUGUCCCCUGUGAGAGUGUCUCUGCCACUAGACUGUGAGCCCGCUGAGGGCGAGGCCUGGCCUCUUGUCUUUGCACCCACAGUGCCCGUCCCGCGCCUUGCCUAUAGUAGGUGGCCAAUAAACACUGUGCUGAGCUGA